AUGGCACCCCUCAAGCUCAACAACAAAAACUUGUCUCAGAUUGCGGCCGCAGGUGAUGUGAAAGUUCCAAGCUACCCACGCGGCAGUGCCGUCAAGGAAGGAAUUGUUCAUGUCGGUGUCGGGGGCUUCCACCGUGCUCACCUUGCCGUCUAUGUCGAUCAAUUGAUGCAGAAUGGCCUGAAUGACUACGCAAUUUGCGGAGUUGGCCUACAACCCUUCGAUGCCGCCAUGCGCGACGUGCUAGAAUCGCAGGAUUAUCUCUACACAGUUAUCGAACGCUCGGCAAAAGGAAACGCUGCUCAUGUCGUGGGAAGUAUUAACUCUUACCUCUUUGCGCCCGAUAAUUCUGAGGCUGUUAUUGCCAAGAUGGCCCACCCUGAUACUCAUAUUGUGUCGCUCACAAUUACCGAGAGCGGCUAUUAUUAUAACGAAAAUACCCAUGAGCUACAAAGUGAUCACCCGGAUAUUGUCUACGAUCUCGACCCGGCCAAUCCUCCACGUACUACUUUCGGUUACCUCUACGCCGCCCUGGCGCGGCGCCACAAGCAAGGGCUUAAGCCAUUCACCGUUAUGUCAUGCGAUAAUAUGCAAAAGAAUGGAUCUAUCACACGCCAUAUGGUUGAGUCAUUUGCGCGUCUUCGCGGGGACCCCGUGGUCGCUAAAUGGAUUGCGGAGCAAGGCGCAUUCCCCAACGCUAUGGUCGACCGUAUUACCCCACAGACCAACGAUUCCGAUAAGUCAGAUCUCGCCGAAAGAUUCGGAGUUGAAGAUGCAUGGCCAGUUAUCACUGAACCGUUCACUCAAUGGGUUAUUGAGGACCACUUCUCUGAUGGUCGCCCACCCUUCGAGCAGGUGAAGGUCGGAAUCCAGAUUGUCAAGGGCAUCCAUGAGGUUGAGCAAUUCGAAAAGCACAAGCUCCGUCUGCUUAAUGGUGGCCAUUCGGCAAUUGGUUAUGCAGGUCAGCUGGCCGGUUUUAAAUACGUCCACGAAGUCAUGGAGGACCCGGUAUACCGUCGCUUUGUGUGGCAGACAAUGCAGGAAGUCAAACCCCUCUUGCCUACGAUCCCUGGUGUCGACAUUGAUGCAUACUGCUCUACCCUUAUUGAGCGAUUCUCUAAUCCUGCAAUCAUGGACCAGCUUCCCCGCCUUUGUUUAAACGCCUCUGGCAAGAUCCCACAGUUCAUUAUGCCUUCCAUUGCUGAAGCUAUAUGGGUCGCUGGACCUUUCCGUCACCUUUGCUUUGUCGUUGCCGCUUGGUUCCGCUACAUCAACGGUGUGGAUGAUAGUGGCGAAAAGUUUGAAGUUGUUGAUCCGAUGCGUGAGGAACUGCAAGCCCGUGCAGGAAGCAGCAAUCCAAUCGAUGUUCUCAAGAUCGAUAACCUUUUUGGAGAUGACUUGCGCACCGACAAGAGAUUCCUCGAGGAGGUUUCAACUGCGAUGGACCUGAUUGCCCAAGACGGCAUCAUGAACACGCUCCCAAAAUACAUUGAUUGA